CAUUUUUUCGCUCACUCCAAAUGCUUCAUUCUGUGCUAGUUCAGUGUUAAAACGAGUUUAAAUUUGUUGUACGGUGGCGAAAAAAAUUGAAAAAAAAAAUCUUUUCUCAAAUUAAAUCACUUAUUCAGAUCGAAUAAGUUCGUAACUCAGUCAAGUAAUAUUUAAUUGUCUUAUCAACAAGUUAUACUUUAAAUAAAAUGCGUGAAAUUGUUCAUCUACAAGCCGGCCAGUGUGGUAAUCAAAUUGGUUCAAAGGUUAGACACCUGCAAAAAAAAAGAGUAUUGGUAUCCAGAGCAAAAAGAAAAUCCGUUGCCGAUAUUCUGCCGAAAUUGUACCUCUUAGAUUGUUUGUUGUCCACUGAUUAAAGCCAAAGCGAAUCAAUGACGUGUGUUGCUUGUAUGUGUAUAUCUGUGUUCAAAAAAAUAAUAAUUAGAGUGUGGAACAACGUGAAAAAUUGAGUCGACUUUGAAAAUGAAAUAUUUUCUCAUAAAGCGAAAUCAUGUUUUAUGUCAUUAAAUACAUAUACACAGAAGAGUUAAAAUGAAAUUGAUGGUGAGUUCUGGGAGAUCAUCAGCGAUGAGCAUGGCAUCGAUCCCACCGGUCACUAUCACGGAGACAAUGAUUUGCAGUUGGAACGCAUCGACGUUUACUACAAUGAAGUAAAUGAUGGUCGAUAUGUUCCACGUGCUGUUCUUGUCGAUUUGGAGCCGGGAACUAUGGACUCCGUACGUCAAUCCCCAUACGGUCAAUUGUUCCGUCCGGAUAAUUUUGUCUACGGCCAAUCUGGCGCCGGUAACAACUGGGCGAAAGGACAUUACACUGAAGGCGCUGAACUAGUAGAAUCAGUAUUGGACGUUGUCCGAAAAGAAUCUGAAGGUUGUGACUCAUUACAAGGCUUUCAAUUGGCACAUUCGUUAGGUGGUGGCACUGGCAGUGGAAUGGGCACAUUAUUGUUGUCGAAGAUACGCGAGGAAUACCCAGAUCGAAUAAUGAACACAUUUUCUGUGUUUCCGUCACCAAAGGUAUCUGACACGGUCGUUGAGCCAUACAAUGCAACGCUAUCCAUUCACCAAUUGGUUGAGAAUACUGACGAAACUUUCUGCAUUGAUAACGAAGCACUGUACGACAUUUGCUUCCGUACGCUCAAAUUGACGUCACCAACUUAUGGUGAUCUGAACCAUUUGGUUUCGAUGACAAUGUCGGGCGUAACAACUUGUCUACGUUUCCCGGGGCAGCUGAAUGCCGAUUUGCGCAAAUUGGCUGUGAAUAUGGUUCCAUUCCCUCGUCUACAUUUCUUCAUGCCCGGUUUUGCACCAUUGACGGCUAAAGGCUCACAGCAGUACAGAGCACUCACUGUACCUGAGUUGACACAACAGAUGUUUGAUGCAAGAAAUAUGAUGACAGCAUGUGACCCACGGCACGGACGUUAUUUAACAGUCGCUACCAUUUUCAGAGGUAAAAUGUCAAUGAAAGAAGUCGACACACAGAUGUUAAACAUUCAGAACAAAAACAGCAGCUAUUUCGUCGAAUGGAUUCCAAACAACGUGAAAGUCGCUGUAUGCGACAUUGCACCGAGAGGUCUGCGCAUGUCGUCCACAUUUAUCGGAAAUACAACGGCCAUACAGGAAAUAUUCAAACGCAUUUCGGAACAGUUCACGGCUAUGUUCAGACGGAAGGCGUUCUUGCAUUGGUACACCGGUGAAGGUAUGGACGAAAUGGAAUUCACCGAAGCCGAGAGUAAUAUGAACGAUUUGGUAUCCGAAUACCAACAGUAUCAGGAGGCAACUGCCGACGACGAGGUCGAAUUCGAGGAAGACGAACUUGAAGCUGAACAGGCCGAACAGGCAUAAGAUGUACGAAAUAUGUGCUACUCUGACACAUGUUCCCGAAUCAAGAAAAAUCAAAUUUUUUUAAAAUGCCCUCAGGCCUUUGGUUUUUUCUUUUAUUUUAUGUUUAAAAUUUUGUUUACGAUUUUAUUGUUGACGCAAAAGUUCCCUUUUAUAAUAAAAAGAUUUUACGGAGUCGUUAUAUUUAAACUGAAAACUGUUGUCACACCAAAAAAAUUAAACGAAUAAUUUGAGUA